CCGAUCUUGCUACACUCAUCCAGAUACCCUGAUAGCGACUUCCCCAUGCCUCUCUCGUCGGGUGAGCGCUCGCCAAUGUUGCCCAGCAAAUACACUGCAAUUGGCAGUGACGUCCGCCGUCCCCUUCCUGUUGCAUUGGGUUGGGUUGCCUUGGUCUCCGCUGCGUUGGCACUUUUGGCGUUAACAACAACUUUCAACUCCCCCACUUCGAUUCCGUCUCUAACUACUCAAGAGGCAAUUACAGCCACCCCCACCUCGUUCCCCACCCUUCCCGACGGAUCGAGAGAUCUACUGUCACUUUGUGAGGAGAAAUUCAUCACUCAAUCGCUCGACCACUUCCGAGCCGACGGUAAAUCCAGCGAGGGAACAUUCGAAAUGCGGUACUUUGUUUGCUCCCCAGAAAACUUUAACCCCACGAACGGCUCCAUCUUCUUCUACGUGGGCAACGAAGCGGACGUGACGCUGUAUCUGAACCACACGGGGCUCAUGUGGGAGAACGCGGCGGCCUUCAACGCGCUCAUUGUGUUCGCCGAGCAUCGCUACUUCGGCAAGUCCGUUCCAUUCGGUUUGGACGUGUUGGAUCACAUGGAAUUCCUAUCCACACAACAGGCAAUGGCCGACUACGCAGUGCUGAUCGAGCAGCUCAAGAGCGACUUGAGCACGGACGUCCCAGUGAUCGGCUUCGGAGGCUCGUACGGCGGUAUGUUGGGCACCUGGUUCAGAAUGAAAUACCCGCACAUCAUCGACGGUAUCAUCGCAGGUUCGGCACCAGUUGUCAACUUCUUCGGCGACCCAGAUCACCCAGCAGACACCGAGGCAUUCAACCGUGUCGUGACGUUCGAUAUGUCGGAAGACGCCGGCGCCGCCAAGAACUGUAUCCCGAAUCUCCGACGUGCAUUGAACACGGCAGUAGAGAUGAGUAGGACGAAGACUGGACGGAAAGAACUGACAGAACUGCUUCGACUGUGUGAUACUGACUCGUUGCAGUCCUCCGACGACGUCAUUUCAAUUGCCUCGGAGGCGUACGGCGACUUGGCAAUGGGCAACUAUCCGUACCCAACGUCGUACAUCAUGGACGGGAAAGUGGAUCUGCCGGGUUAUCCGAUGCGUGCUGCGUGUGAGCCAUUCGCUGGCGAUUUCGGUGAUGACAAGACGGCAUUGGUCAGUGCAUUCCGCGAGAGUAUCGCUGUAUACUACAACGCCACAAAGACCGAGAGCUGCUUCUUCCCGGCUGCUCCAGUGCACACUAUCAACGAGUCGGACACUUCGGAUGCUGCCAAACAGGUCAGAAUCGACCAUAAGGGCAACUUUUGGGGAUAUCUCGAGUGCUCGGAGCUGUAUAUGCCCAUGAGUUCGGACGGAGUGAACGAUGUUUUCCCCGCGACUGCAGUCAACGAGUCUCAGGACGAUGCCGCAUGUUUCGAACAGUGGGGAGUUCACUUGAAGCCUCGGUGGGCUCAGACCGAGUUCGGCGGCAUGAAAGCUCUUCGUGCUGCCAGCAAUAUAAUCUUCAGCAACGGGAACUUCGAUCCGUGGUCGGGUCUUGGUGUGCUUGAGUCUCUUUCGCCUUCGGUGGUGGCUGUGCCUGUUCCUGGAGGAGCCCACCACCUCGACUUGUUCUUCACGCACCCACUGGACCCUUCUGCUGUCACUGAGGCGCGCAAGACCGAACUUAAGUUUGUUCGCCAGUGGAUCGACGAAUUCUAUGCGUUCAAGCAGGAAGUCACCGCGACUGAUCUCUAGAUUAAGCAUACGCUGUCAAUAGCGCAAGUUACGUUCAAAACUGUGGCUUGGCAUUACGUUUAGCAUAGGCUAGAAGUUCCGCGCGUCAUUCUCUCGCCGUACGUGUGCAAAAGUUCCUUGUGGUAAUGCUGCACGAAUUGUACUGUGAGAUGUUCUAGGGGGA